UACUCGCAUUAAGGCAAAAACAAGGAUAUCUUUAUUUUGGCUACUUCCAUAAAUCUCACUCUCACCGACGAAAAGAUAAAAGGAGAAAUUUAAUAGCAAUAAUAAAAUUCCACAUAAAUCUGAAUAAUUUAAGAAAUUGGCCAACAAAAUCUUUUGAUCUUUUCUCACUUGAUUCAACAAUUUCAGAUUUCAGAUCUUGUUCUCCAUUUUUCGUUUAAGCUUCCUUCCUUUACAGAUUCAAGCUGAAUUCGCUUCAGUUGAGGUGCUUCAGCAAUGGCGGUUGCCGUCCGGGGAAGCCGAGGAGCGUCAAAUUUUGGUGGGUUUAACCCCCGGAGCUUCUUCUCUUACCGGAUCUUCAUUUCGGCUCUGUUUUCUCUUCUCUUCAUUGCCACUCUUUCAGUCAUCUUCACCACGAAUCCGUCCACGCCGCAUCACGAUUCUGCCCUUCCUACCACAGGAAAUGCUUAUGUGCGCAGAACGUUUUUGACUCUGAAUUCUGAUCCAUUGAAAACUCGUUUAGAUUUGAUAUAUAAGCAAGCGAGUGAUCACAUCACCCUUGUUAAUGCUUAUGCUGCAUAUGCUAGAAAGCUCAAGCUUGAGAUGUCUAAGCAAUUAAAGAUGUUUGAUGAUUUAGCUCAAAAUUUCGCAGAUAUUCAGAUGAAACCAAAUUACCAUGGGACGUUGUUUGAAUCGACGGGUCCUCUAGAUGAGGAUGUGUUGAGGCAAUUUGAGAAGGAGGUGAAGGAUAGAGUGAAGACUGCAAGGAUGAUGAUUGUGGAGUCAAAAGAGAAUUAUGAUAAUCAGUUGAAAAUUCAGAAGUUGAAAGACACAAUUUUCGCGGUUAAUGAGUUGCUUAUUAAGGCAAAGAAGAACGGGGCAUUUGCAAGCUCCAUUGCUGCAAGGUCAAUACCAAAAAGUUUGCAUUGUUUAUCUAUGAGGCUUGUGGAGGAGAAGAUUUCGCAUCCAGAGAAGUAUACAGAAGAUGAGCCUAAGGCUGAGUUUGAGGAUCCAAGUCUGUAUCAUUAUGCAAUUUUCUCGGAUAACAUCAUUGCUGUAUCUGUUGUGGUGAGAUCCGUGGUGAUGAAUGCUGAAGAACCAUGGAAACAUGUUUUUCAUAUUGUAACAGAUAGGAUGAAUCUUGCAGCAAUGAAGGUCUGGUUUAAGAUGAGACCGGUGGAAAGAGGAGCUCAUAUUGAAAUAAAGGCUGUGGGAGAUUUUACAUUCUUGAACUCAUCAUAUGUGCCAUUGUUAAGGCAACAGGAGUUGGUGAACUCACAAAAGCCUUCUUCUGACAACUCAGUAAAAUUUAAGAACCCUAAGGAUACAUCCCUGCUGAAUCACCUUCGGUUUUACUUGCCUGAAAUGUUUCCUAAGUUGCAGAAAAUUGUUUUCUUGGAAGAUGAUGUAGUUGUUCAGAAAGACUUAACAGGAUUGUGGAAGAUAGAUUUAGACGGGAGGGUAAAUGGUGCAGUUGAGACUUGCUUUGGGUCCUUCCAUCGAUUCACUCAUUAUUUGAAUUUCUCAAACCCUCUAAUUAAGGAGAAGUUAAAUCCCAAGGCAUGUGCCUGGUCUUAUGGGAUAAAUAUAUUUGAUCUUGAUGCUUGGAAAAGUGAGAAAUGUACGGAGGAAUACAAUUAUUGGCAGAAUUUGAAUGAGGACGGAUCUUUAUGGAGUGGGGGAACGCUUCCACCUGGUCUAAUCACCUUCUACUCAAAAACAAAGUCACUGGACAGAUCUUGGCAUGUUCUUGGUCUUGGUUAUAAUCCCAGUAUAAGCAUGGAUGCUAUCAACAAUGCUGCAGUCAUUCAUUACAACGGAAACAUGAAACCUUGGCUCGAUAUUGCCAUGAACCAGUAUAAAGGUUUUUGGACCAAAUAUGUGGACAGUGAUAUGGAAUUUGUGCAGGUGUGCAAUUUUGGACUUUAGAUGAGCGUGUAGUUGCUCUGUCACCAAUCAGGUACAAGCAAAAAAAAUUAGUUUCUCAUAGUUUCUUUCAUGAUUAUUGCUUAAAGUUUUGAAUUUCUCAUCAGCCGUUAUAUCUGGAGCAAAGCUUUGUAAUAUAGCCAAUAUUUAAUUUCUUAAAUCACAUGAAUGUUACUGGCAAUUUAACUUAACACUGGAUAGGCUCCAAUGUUUCAAGCAAGGAUUCUAUACCCAGUGAAAUUGGAUGAUUUCUUUUUUUUUUUUUUUAUAAAGAAACAUAAUUUCCUUUCCCUUUUA